AUGACCAGUGAGAGUCAUGUUAUCUCUCGUGUCAACCACGCUCUCACUGGACAUUCUUUUGGAGCGCAAAAAUCUUCUUGCAUUUCGAUGGGUGCAACCCACACAGACAAUGGAAGAAUCACCAAAGCAAGCGCCGACCUCGUGGUUCCCGAGUGUAAGGCAGGAACCCCUGCUUAUAAGACUGUGCCGUACUCCUUAUCCGGCUGGGUCGGAAUCGAUGGUCUCACCUGUAACAAUGUCGUUCUUCAAGCUGGAUUCUCAUGCUAUGCCACUGAAAUGGAAAACGGCACCACCACCGCAACCUACUCCGCCUGGACAGAAUGGUUCCCCUCACCUCAGCAACAGCUGCCAGACUUUGCCAUCCAUGCAGGCGACACCAUAAACAUUCAGAUCGUCGCCGACUCCAAGAUUUCCGGCUACACUCUCUUGCACAACCGUCAUACUGGUCAAAAGACCCACACGCCCUACACCAACCAGACAACUCCACUGUGUCUGGACAAUGCCGAGUGGGUUAUCGAAUCUCACUUGACCUUUGCAAAAUUUGGUCUGGAUGGACAGCGUACUGCUGGCUACAGCCCUUUCAAGUUCGAGCACGCUUCUUGGACUACUAAAGGUGGCCAGAAGCAUCUUGCGCAAAAGGCUGAUAUGUUCAACAUGGUCCAGAACGGUACCGAGGUUGCAGAAGCCACCUACAGAAAGGCAGGGUCGUUCGUGGUCAAUGAUGUCACCCCAGCAGACUUUGCCUCGACCGAUUAUUGACGUGGUCUCGGGACGAGCGUGUACAGGUGAAGGCAGUGGGUAUGAUUUCAGACUUGAAGCGGUUGGCAAAAGAC